UUUUUUUUUUUAAUUUGAAACCAUGCAACACAUUCCUUCCGACAAUUCAACACCAGAACAUGAAGAAGCUACUUCAUCAUUAGAACAAUCUAAAGUUCAAGCCUCCAAACAUGCUGAUCAAGUAAUAUACAGAGAUCUUGUCAUUUUUGAAGAGCGUUUACGUGGAAACAUGAUACGACUUCAAAGACGAAAAAGAAAAUUUGAAGCUCUUUUAUGUUGUUUAUUACUUUUACUUGCCUAUUUCUUUUAUGCCGUUUUUGUCGAUCCCAGCAAAGCUUUCACCAAUCAUUUAUUGAAUACUAUGGCUUUAUUGAUUGCUGCAGGUAGUCUAGUAUUCUUUUAUCGAUCUGGCAUGUAUUCUGAAAAGAUCAUAUAUGCUGCCGAAUUUGUUCCUCAUUGUAAUCGUGCUUUACAAUCAUUCAACUUACAAUUCAAUAAGAAAGGUGAAUCUGGAGAACUCAGUUUUUAUCCUAUGAUACCAAAGCAACUACAAGAUGGAUUUGAUCGAUAUAGAAAACAAUAUCAUGCAAGAAAGAAAGCUCGACAACAAGCCAAUAAAGUCAAAACAAACUGAAAAUAGUUAGGAUGAACAGUUUUGUACAUAGGGAAAUAUAUAUAUAUUAGUUUAGAUGUAUACCAAAGUUUUCAAUAAAUAGUUAUUAACAUAA